AUGUCACAGGACGAACCCACCACCAACCACGGCCAUGAUACUUCCCUGCCCUCACGGGCAGUGAGGAUAGCCCAACGUCAACAAGCCGCCCCACCCAAACCACCCGUCAACCCUCGCCACCUCGCUGAGUUCACUGUUUGGCCUGUACAUGUCCUUCUAUCUGCUCACCACCGUCACCACCGGGACGGACCGGAUCCUAUCCACCCAAAAAGUCUCACAGAUUUCCUCACAGACGGCCUACGCCUCUACAAGUCGAACCUCAGGAACCCAGACCAGAUCCCAGGGACGGAUUGGUUCAGUCGUCUCUAUGCGAUGGUGUUAUUCCCCGUGCUGGUUGUUAGUAUGGCGAUUGUUCAGGAUUACAUCGACCCUGAAGGAACAGAGGAAGCGAUCUGCCAACUCGCUUCCCGGACGCCUCACCCAGAAACCCGCUUUUCCUACAACAUCGCCAACUUCCUCCUCAUCAUGUGCUCUAUGGCAUAUCAACGCAACGAAAAACUUGUCGCUGAGGCCUCCAAACUAUUCUUCAACCUCACCACCGACAGACUCGACCGUGCGAAGCAGCUCUUACUGGACUCGGAGAAGGAUAUCGAUGAAAAGUCAUUGAAUGAGUUUGGGAUGCGGUUUACGGGAAUUAACGAGUACCUGAUCGAUGUCACCAUGCAAAGAGUCGACGCCAGCGAAUACCUCUACGGCGAGGUCCACAAGGGCUUCUACGAAUGUCUCUUCCCCGACGUAAUACCCGGGGCGCCGACCUAUGACGGUCCCUACCCCUUUAAAACCAUCAUGGAGACUAUCUUUGAAGUCGCCGAGGCUGCCAAGAAAAGGACGGGGAAGCCGGUGAAUUUGUGGGUGACGGGACAUAGUUUGGGUGGGGCGUUGGCGGCCUUGGUUAUGGCGAGAUUACAGAUGCCGUUGCAAAGGGGUGAUCCGCUUUUGAGGGGAAAUCAGGUGCACGAGUCGAGGACGGUGCUGGCCGAGAUGUUGGCCCAGUACAGUGGUGAUCGGGAGCUGAUUGUCCUGAGGGAUUGUUAUAGCGUUGCGAGUCCCAAGAUUGGCGAUUCGACGUUCGCGAAUAAGUUUGCGAGGCACCAGUCUGCCUUUCGUCAUGCCAGUCCCUACAAGUCUGUUUACUGGCGUGUCGUUACAAACGAGGAUAUCAUUCCCCAUCUCCCACCAUCAAUAAGUGUCGGCCCCUGCAUCCACUGCGUCAGAACGCCCGAAGAAUGGCUCGUGGAAGAACAGAACGAAGACCAACAACAGGGCGCCCAUCCCGAACACCUCCACUCCUUGCUGGAUUAUCAGCAUGUCGGACAGUUGGUGACAGUCUUCAAUGAGAGGCGCGUGCCUGUAGUGAGACCUUCGGUAUUUGAAGCAGAUCUGUCGCAGGGUGUGUUGAGGACGAGGGAGGAGGUGUUGGUGUUUUUGAGCAAUUUGGGCAAUGUUGAACCCAAUACUCCCGCCGACCUGGACGCCGAGGCAACAAUCGUCCUGGAACGCAUAAGGGCCGCCCAAAAGAAAACUGACGGCGUCGCAAGAGCCCAAGAACUCUACAACAUUGAACUCUCUCGACUCCGUCAACCUGGUCCCCUUCAGUCCUUAAUCCUCAUGGUCCCAAGUCUGUUGUCGCAUGCACCCGCUACGUAUCAGAGGGAUUUGGUGAGGGGGCGGUUAUAUUUCAAGAGUUUUCCUGGAAAGACGCGGGUUCUGAAGUGGUUGGAAGAGGCUACGAGGGAGAAGGAGGUGGAAGAGUUGAAAAUUUGGGUGGGGGAUUCUGGACAUGUUUCAGGGGAUGAUGAUGGUGAGGUUGUGGAGGGUGGAGUUGCCACGGGCCAGUAG